AUGCCGCCCACCAAGGAGGCCUUGGUGCUGCAGUGUGAGUGGGAGAUGUGCACCUACGUGGCCUCGAAGAUGGAGGAGUUCUGCGAGCACGUAGCCCAGCACCUCCAGCAGCACCUUCCCGGGGAGCACCGGGAUGAGGUGGACCCUCUCGAGGAAUACACGUGUUUGUGGCAGGGGGGGGGGGUUUCGUGUUUGUGGCAGGAGUGUGGCUUCUGUUCCCCGGAGAGCUCAGUUGACCUCAUUCGCCACGUCUAUUUCCACUGCUACCACACCAAGCUGAAGUACUGGGGGCUGCGGGCCCUGCAAAGCCAGUCAGACGUGAGCCAUUGCCAACUGGACUUCCAGAGCCGCAACAUCAUCCCUGAGAUCCAGGAGAACUUUCUGUGUCUCUGGGAGUACUGUGAGAGAUCAUUUGAUAAUCCCGAGUGGUUCUAUCGGCACGUGGAGGAUCACAGCUUCUGUUUGGAGUACAAGGCAGCAGGGAAGGAGAACCACGUGGUCCUCUGCGGCUGGAAAGACUGCGAUUGUACCUUCAAGGGGCGCUGCAAACUGCGGGAGCACUUGCGCAGCCAUACACAGGAGAAGGUGGUGGCCUGUCCUACCUGUGGGGGGAUGUUUGCCAACAACACCAAGUUCUUUGACCACAUCCGCCGCCAGACUGCGUUAGACCAGCAGAGAUUUCAGUGUUCUCACUGCUCCAAGAGGUUUGCCACAGAGAGGCUGCUCCGUGACCAUAUGAGGAACCAUGUGAACCAUUACAAGUGCCCUCUGUGUGACAUGACCUGCCCGCUGCCCUCCUCCCUGCGCAGUCACAUUCGUUUUCGGCACAGCGAGGAGCGACCGUUCAAGUGUGACUACUGUGACUACAGCUGCAAGAAUCUCAUUGACUUGAGGAGACAUCUGGACACGCACAGCAAAGAGUCAGCCUAUCGCUGCGAGUUUGAGGCUUGCAGCUUCACUGCACGCUCCAUCUGCUCCAUCAAACUGCACUACCGGAAAGUCCAUGAGGGUGACUCAGAGCCCCGGUACAAGUGCCAUGUCUGUGACAAGUGCUUCACGCGUGGAAACAACCUCACUGUCCACCUCCGGAAGAAACACCAGUUCAAAUGGCCCUCGGGGCACCCUCGAUUCAGGUACAAGGAACAUGAGGAUGGCUACAUGAGGCUGCAGCUGGUGCGUUACGAGAGCGUGGAGCUGACAGAGCAGCUACUGAAGGACAGAGAGAAGCAGGGGGAGGCACUGGAUGGCUCAGCUGAGUGUGUGGUGCUGUCUGAGGGUGAGGCCAACCUGCAGGGCAUCAUUCUGGAGGCCCCGGCAGAGGCUUCCUUGGUGGAGAACAGCAUCGCUGAGUUGCAAGUGGCCCCGCUGCGCCCGGCAGCUUGCUCUGCUGACAAUCCUGAGCCAGCACGGCCGAGUGCCCUCCCAGGAGCAGCGCUGUCAUCGGAGCAGGAUUGCAGCAUCCCAGCCAACCCCAUCAUCCGUGUGGUGAACCGGACCAAUGAGCAUGGGGAGAGUGAGACUGUGUAUUAUGUCACAGCCAGCACGUCCUCAGAGAAGCAGGUGGCAGCACCCAGCGGACUGGCUAUGGAGCUGGAGGAGAAUGUCAUGGACCGUCUGCAGAAGACUGCUGAGGAGCUGGGCAUCCAGAUUGUGUGAAGUGCUCGCCUGCCUCUCUGUGUGUGGAGACCUUGGGCCUUCAUGGGAUGUGCCAGUAGGGCAAGUUGGGAAGUGCUUAGGGGAGAGG